AUGACGAAUUUGACAGAAGAUGCUAGAAAUUAUAUAACAACACACCAAGAAUUUUUCUGCACAACUGGUCUUGGAGCAGCCUUUAAGACGUUUUCUUUGACGUUAGCACUUCCUCUAUCCAUAACUGCAAUUUUGGGAAAUGUUUUGAUCAUCCUUGCACUUCGGAAGGUCUCUUCUCUUCAUCCACCGUCAAAAUUUCUGCUCGGCAGCCUUGCGUGCACAGAUUUGGGCGUGGGCCUCAUUUCACAUCCUAUUCGAAGCGGUUUCUUUCUGUCUCCAGACCAUUCAGAAGAUUGUCACUACUUUUGGAUCCUUUUUAAUAUCACAGGUUUUGUGUUUGGUGGUGUAUCUUUGUUAACAAUGACCGCCAUAAGUGUAGACAGACUUCUUGCCUUGUCGAUGGGGCUAAGAUACAAACAGCUGGUUACUGUGAGGCGAGUGAGAGUCCUUGUCAUCACUUUUUGGAUUUUUUGCACUUUUGGCUCAAUAACAGUAUUAUACAGUUUGCGUCUUACUUUGGGAAUCGGCUGCGCAGCAUUUUUACCGUGCACAAUAAUCUCUACUUUCUGUUACAUUAAAAUUUACCGCACACUCCGUUUCUCUCAUGCACAAGUUCUGAGUCAAAGUCACCAAGGACAACAGAAUAGAGAAGGAACUCCACUCAAUAAAGCGCGAUACAAAAAGACAGUGUCCACAGUAUUGUGGGUUCAGAUUUCUUUAUUGGCUUGUUCUCUUCCGUUUGGUUCACUCGUAAGCUUCGCAUCUAUUACUGGAUCAGUGGAUCCGGCGGCGCAGUCAUUUAAAGUAAUUGUGUCUCUAGCGGUAACAUUGAUGUUGUCGAACUCGACUCUGAAUCCAUUCUUGUACUGCUGGAAGAUGACAGAAAUGAGGCAAGCGGUAAAGGACACGAUCAGACAAUUUUGCUGCUGA